AGCCGAGAGAGAAGAGGCAACAGCAACGGCAGAGCAUAGAGGGAGAGAGGAUAGUUGCCUUAGUUUUCACGCUUGUGCAUCGCUUGUCUUAGAACACAAGGGACUGAACGAGAGCAAUACGGCAGCAUGGGGGAUCGGUUGGAGGAGAGAAAGGAUUUUACUGCAGAGGUGACUGCGAAGCUUCCUGAAGCGAAGAAGCUUGCAGAGGGGGGCAAGCUCGCGGAUGGUUUGGACAUCAUCAUGAGCCUGGAGCGGCUAUGCCGCGUGGGCAACGAUUUCCCCAACCUGAAGGAAGUUAUUCUGACGGCUUGUCGGCUCUGCCGGCAAGUGGAGGACUGGGCCCAGCUCAACACCACCCUCACGCUCAUUUCCAAGAGGAGAGGGCAGCACAGCAAGGCCGUCACGGCCAUGGUGCAGGAGGCCGUGGGAUGGUUGGACGAAACACCGGACAAGGACACUCGCGUGUUGCUGCUGGUAGCGCUAAGGGAUAUCACGGACGGAAAGAUUUACGUGGAGGCCCAGAGAGCAAAGCUGACGAGGAUGCUUGCCAAGAUCAAGGAGGAGGACGGGGACGUGGCGGGUGCCGCCGAAGUGUUGCAAGAGGUGCACGUCGAGACCUACGGCGCGCUCACAAAGAAGGAGAAGGCCGACUUCAUCCUUGAGCAGAUCCGCCUGACCCUGGCGAAGAAGGAUUUCGUGAGGGCCUUGAUCCAGAGCCGUAAGAUUAACCGCAAAGUUCUUCUCGACGAAGACAUGCAAGACAUCAAGGUUCGGUUCUACAAGUUGAUGAUCGAGUACGACACCCACGAGAAGGCUACCUUCGAUCUCUGCCAGGACUUCCACUCGAUCUACGACACCCCCUUGGUGCGAGACAAGGAGGGGCAGGAAUGGAAGCAGUAUCUCCAGGCAGCCGUGUUGUUCCUGGUCCUGUCGCCGAACGACAACCACCAGCAGGACAUGCUGUUCCGAGUCGCCGAGUACAAGAAGCUGGAGGAGCUGCCAGCCUACAAGAUGCUGGUGAAGCUCUUCACCACCCCUGAGAUCAUCGGGUACCCCGUCGAGAACCAGGAAGUGCUUGAAUCGGAUCCGUGCCUCGCCGCAGGCGGGCCGGAACUACUCGCAAAGUGGAAGGAGGAUCUGAAGCUCCGCAUCGUACAGCACAACAUCCGCACAGUGGCGUCGUACUACAAGCAGAUUAACACGAAGAGGCUGGCGGACUUGCUGGGUUUGGACGAGAAUCAGGCGGAGCGGAAAGUUGCAGACAUGGUGAGCGACGGGUCGUUAGCGUACGCCAAGAUCGACCGGCCGAAGGGCGUAAUCAACUUCGACAAGAGAAAGCCAUCGGAAGAGAUUCUUUCCGAGUGGAACUCCGACAUCGGUCAACUUCUCCAGCUGGUGGAGCGCAGCUGUCACCUUAUUAACAAGGAGAACAUGUUGCACAAAAUCGAGUGAAUGGAGGGUGGGGGGGNGGGGGGGGGGGGGGGGGGGGGGGGGGGGGGGGGGGGGGGGGGGGGGGGGGGGGGGGGGGGGGGGGGGGGGGGGGGGGGGGGGGGGGGGGGGGGGGGGCGAAACGUAGCUGUCCGCUUCGUGAACAGGGCGAAAACGUUGUUGGCGCAAUGCGGACGAAUAGGGUACAUUCAUGAACCGGGCUACAGCCCCGAUAUCCACGGUAGAAUCACCACCGCAUCUGCACGCAUGUUGUGUUGGGUAUGGCGAUGGCCUUCAUGGGCACACCAUGGCGAGGAACGCGUUGCGCUCUCAGUCAGAGGUGCGGUGGUGCGCUGUGCUUUUGGUCGAGGCAUGCGCCGCUCCCCUUCCGUGGCAAUUAUCCACCAAGUCUUCGCGCUGCGCUCUCUCUAAUCGUUUUCGUUUCACUCUCUGCACCUCGUGUGCUCACCGCUUAGCUGCCAUCAAGCGGGCGCGCUCAUGGGCACGGUGUUUGCUGCCGUGGGUAGGCGUUAGCAUCUUGGCAAUGCAUGUGCGUAGGUGGAGAACGCGAAAAGAACGAGUCUGUGACCAGCCAGAGAGAGACCGAUUAGCCAGUGCCGAGGCCGGAUAGUGAUGGUAUGCAUGUGUAGCAUCAUCGGGGUUGAGAGUCUCGCGUGCCGUGGCGGCUUGGCGGGCUUUAUUGCAAGCGCAACGAGUGAACCCGCGAGCGAAAUUCAGGUUGUGUUCAUGGUGCGUCCGUUUGUCGUACAACGGCCAUGCCUUACCAUUCUACUCCUGGCUUGUCCACAGGGCGUUCAUCCCUCAAGAUUUCCUCAGCCUACAUCAGAGGGAAACACGAAAACAAAUCACAACGGGGGUCAUAUAUUUGUGCCCUGGGCGGAAGGCGGUGUGGGCUUUUGACGACCUACCAGUAAUCUGCACAUGACCGUUUAUACGGCGACCUCUGCUCUCGUCCUCGUCGGUUGGUUGCUGUACUGUGAUUGGUUCCCUU